UUCAGUCGCUGCUCUAAACUUUGCUUCCAUAUCCCCUACUACGGAUAUUUUUCCCCCUUCUAAGAAGGAGUGGGAGCAUCCCCAUUUUGGUCAUCCUUCUUGAGCUUCCUGUUGUCUGUGGAUUGCAUCUUGGGUAAUUCAAGCUUUUGGGCUAAUAGCCACUUAUCAAUGAGUGCAUACCAUGUAUGUCUUUCUGUGAUUGGGUUACCUCACUCAGGAUGAUAUUUUCCAGUUCCAACCAUUUGUCUAUGAAUUUCAUGAAGUCAUUGUUUUUGAUAGCUGAGUAAUAUUCCAUUGUGUAGAUGUACCACGUUUUCUGUAUCCAUUCCUCUGUUGAAGGGCAUCUGGGUUCUUUCCAGCUUCUGGCUAUUAUAAAUAAGGCUGCUAUGAACAUAGUGGAGCACGUGUCUUUGUUGUAUGUUGGAGCAUCUUUUGGGUAUAUGCCCAGGAGAGGUAUAGCUGGGUCCUCAGGUAGUGCAAUGUCCAGUUUUCUGAGGAACCUCCAGACUGAUUUCCAGAAUGGUUGUACCAGUCUGCAAUCCCACCAACAAUGGAGGAGUGUUCUUAUUUCUCCACAUCCUCGCCAGCAUCUGUCACCUGAGUUUUUGAUCUUAGCCAUUCUGACUGGUGUGAGGUGAAAUCUCAGGGUUGUUUUGAUUUGCAUUUCCCUGAUGACUAAGGAUUUUGAACAUUUCUUUAGGUGCUUUUUGGCCAUUUGGUAAUCCUUAGCUGAGAAUUUUUUUUAGCUCUGUACCCCAUUUUUUAAUAGGGUUAUUUGUUUCCCUGCGGCCUAACUACUUGAGUUCUUUGUAUAUUUUGGAUAUAAGGCCUCUAUCUGUUGUAGGAUUGGUAAAGAUCUUUUCCCAAUCUGUUGGUUGCCAUUUUGUCCUAACCACAGUGUCCUUUGCCUUACAGAAGCUUUGCAGCUUUAUGAGGUUCCAUUUGUCGAUUCUUGAUCUUAGAGCAUAAGCCAUUGGUGUUUUGUUCAGGAAAUUUUCCCCAGUGCCCAUGUGUUCGAGAUUCUUCCCCACUUUUUCUUCUAUUAGUUUGAGUGUAUCUGGUUUGAUGUGGAGGUCCUUGAUCCACUUGGACUUAAGCUUUGUACAGGGUGAUAAGAAUGGAUCGAUCUGCAUUCUUCUAUAGCCUGAACUUUCUAUUUGCCUUUAUAUUCUGUCUCUGUCUUUCUGUCCUUGCCCCCACCCCACUUCUGUGUGUAUGUUUGUGUAUAAGCAGCUUUACUAUCUUGGGGAAAUCUAAAACAAGUUGACCUCAGUUUCCUUAUUUGUAAUAUUUGCAAACUAACGAGCCCUUCAAGUUCUGUGAGUCCUUUGGUUUGUUAUUAUGAUUAUUGGAAUGCAAAAAAAUGUCUUAGUUUAUAUCCAUAGGUUUCUGAAAAUGUGCUUUUCUGUUAAGAAUAUCUUAUGUUCUUUAUUAAAAUAUCAGGUAUAAUAGCUCACUAUAAUGAAAAAUAAGCAUAAAAUCUUUUAAUAAUACUUGUUUUAUUGCAAUAGUAUAAACAUAACACAUUUACAUACAUACAUACAUACAUACAUACAUACAUACAUACAUGCAUGCAUGCAUAGUUUUGGUAAAAAUUCUAAUUUUUAGUAAGUUCCACCCCCAUGAUUGACACUUACCCUUUCUACUACUUUUGCUUCAGCCUACCUUCUUUCUAAGAAGCCCCCCUUCGACUUUCAUGACUUAUUUUGGAUGUGACACACUGACUUCAGAUUGUUCAAAUGAGCAUGGAUGGGGGAGAUUCACUGGAACAUGUGCUACUUUUCAGUACUGAACAGCCACGGUGGGGGUAGAACCGCACGUUCUGCCCUCUUGAUGAAAUGUUGACAACCUAAGCCUUCUUUCUCCAGAGAAAUUUAACCUAAGAGUUUAGUGACAUUGACUUCAGUGCAGCAGCACUGAUACACGAUGCUAUGGGAGAGCUGUAGGUUUGAAGGCACACAAUAGUGUGACUUGUCCAGAACCAAAAUGUGGGUUGAAAGUAUUUUAAGAUCAUCAAAAUUGGCCUUCUGUAUUUUGCUAGUUUUUCCUGAAUCGAUGUUUAAAAUGAUUUUAUGAGUCUUCCUGGUAGAGAAGUUUUAAUUAACUUUCUGGAAGGUUAUUAGGCUGCAUGUUGAAUGCUGAUGUUUAAUUUAUCACUAAAUAAUUGGCCAUCAGAAAAUUAGUUUGGGACAAUAACACAAUAACACUAAUAAUUUUUUGGUCUCAUCAUUUCCUCUGUCUUUACACCAAAAUGGUAGUAUCCAAAGAAAAACUAUGAACAGACUGUGUUUACAUAGAACUUGAGACAUGAGACAUUGAUACUUUUUUGAGAUUUUAGCUAUUAAUAUUUUUAUUAUUUAGGAAAAUAAUUAAUAACUAUAAAGAAAAGACAAAAAAUAAGAUGAAGCACUUUCAUUACAGCCACCAACAGUAUUUCCUCCUUCCUGUUGGGCUUUCCCUGAAUUCCCCCCAGUCUUCCUGAGUCCUUGCCUAGGACUUUGGACUGCCAGUGUGACUGCUUUCCUUUUGAUCUGGUAGCUUUCUGCUUCCUCCAACAGCCUGAUACCUCUUUGUAUAGAUUGCUAACCCUUGAGCCCAUGAGACUCCUGAUACUUGUUUGUCUUAUCUGCUCCUCUAUUCCUUCUGCAGCCCUGAGCACACACUGUAAUCUCCCCACCCCAGCAAGUUGACCUUUGACCUUCUAGCAAUUGCUGCCAGUGUCUACUCUAGCUCCAAUUUAAAACUGUGAAACAAAGAAGGCAGUGGAAUAAAGUUGCUAUACUUUUGUAGGGAAAAUGUAAAAGCUUUUCAUGUUUAAAAUUAAGGCUUGAAUAGAUCUUUCCAGAGUAUAAAACCUAAAGAGAAAUAAUUGUAGAUAACAAUGAACAAAUAUUUGGUUGUCUACUGUGGGCAAGGAACUAAAAGAGAUCGCGAACUACUGAAGUAUGUUUACUUGUAAUGAGUAAACGAGGUAACAGAAGUCAUUCCUUGGGGAACCUCCUUAAAAAAUAAUUCACAAAGAAAAUUGGAGAGGUAAGGGUAGCAAAAGCCUUUUUACUAGGGACAUAGCAAUUAAAAGUAGGGAUUUUAACUUAUUCCCAGCUCAACUGGUUGAUAGUGUAUUUCACCAGAGCUUGGAAAACCAGUUUUGUGUUUUAAAUAUUCGGAGAGAGAGGUGACUUUCAGCCUUGUCACGUGGGAUUCCCAAGAGUCCUGUUCCUCAUUCCAAUCCACUCCGUGUUUAUGAAAGUGCAUUAGCUGGAACAGAAGAAAAAAAAUUCACUGCAGGAAGUCAUCCAAUCCUGAUAGACUGAUAUGUAGGGAAAAGUUGAUAGUGUUGCUUUUUAAUUUUAACGUACUCUGGUUAAGGGGUGUGUGUGUGUGUGUGUGUGUGUGUGUGUGUGUGUGUGUGUGUGUGUACUGUUGGAGGAGGGACCAACAGAAGGGAAUGUAGAUAAAGUGAAAAGGAGCCGAUGCAUUCAGAGCUUAUGUUGCGGGAGGUGAGAUCAGUUACCUGCCUGCAACUGAAAUUUCAACCUUCUGUUUAGAAGGGACAUGAGUGGACAAUGGUGACUGAUAGUUGGAAGUAUCUGCAGACAUCUUAAGUUUUAUGAACAAAUGAACAAGCAAUGAAUCGGAAGACUAAGUACAGUUUUCUUCAGCUCCUGGUAAUUUUUACCUUUUUACUUCGAAGUACAGCAUCUUUCUCGAUGAACGCCUAUGUGACUGUGACUUACUUCAAUGAAAGCAGCAACGACACCAAGACGGAAACGUGUGAGUGUGGUGUCUAUGGAUUAGCCUCGCCAGUGGAUAAUGCUAUGGGAGUGGUGGGCAUCCCUAGGAAUGGUAACCACCAAGCUUGUGACUACAACACUGAGUUUACCAACACUGAUAAGCCUUGGAUUGCCCUGAUAGAAAGAGGCAAUUGCACGUUUUCUGAAAAAAUUCAAAUAGCAAGUAGAAGUAACGCCGAUGCUGUUGUGAUUUACAAUUCUCCAGAGACAGGCAACCAGACGAUACAGAUGGCAAAUUUUGGUGCAGGAGACAUUGUUGCGAUCAUGAUUGGCAAUCUGAAAGGAACAAAAAUUCUACAGUCCAUUCAAAGAGGCAUCCAAGUAACAAUGGUCAUCGAAGUAGGCAAAAAACAUGGCCCUUGGGUGAAUCAUUAUUCAAUUUUCUUCGUUUCCGUGUCCUUUUUUAUUAUUACAGCAGCAACUGUGGGCUAUUUUAUCUUUUACUCUGCUCGAAGAUUACGGAAUGCAAGAGCUCAAAGUAGGAAGCAGAGGCAGUUAAAGGCAGAUGCUAAAAAAGCUAUUGGCAGGCUUCAGCUGCGCACCUUGAAACAAGGAGACAAGGAAAUUGGCCCUGAUGGAGAUAGCUGUGCUGUGUGCAUCGAGCUCUAUAAGCCCAAUGAUGUGGUGCGCAUCCUAACCUGCAAUCAUAUUUUCCAUAAGACGUGUGUGGACCCAUGGCUUUUAGAGCACAGGACUUGCCCCAUGUGCAAGUGUGACAUUCUCAAAGCUCUGGGAAUUGAGGUGGAUGUUGAGGAUGGAUCAGUGUCUUUACAAGUUCCUGUUUCUAAUGAAGCAUCUAAUACUGCCUCUCCCCACGAAGAGGACAACCGCAGUGAGACUGCUUCAUCUGGAUAUGCUUCAGUACAGGGAGCAGAUGAGCCACCUCUGGAGGAGCAUGCGCAAUCAGCAAAUGAAAAUCUACAGCUGGUCAACCAUGAAGCAAAUUCUGUGGCUGUGGAUGUUGUUCCCCAUGUUGACAACCCAACCUUUGAGGAAGAUGAAACUCCUGAUCAAGAGAUGGCUGUUCGAGAAGUUAAAUCCUAAAAUCUGUAUCAAUAGAAAACUUGAACCGUUAGUAACAACAGGACUGCCAAUCAGGACCUAGUUUACUAAGAAUGAACUGAGUAAAUGUAAAACAAGAAUGAUACUGAAUGUGCUGAGAUGACUAAUAUUAUAUUAUAGUUAAAUGGCUUAACAUAUUUAACCCAGUACCAUUUUCCACAAACUCACUGUAACAUUUUUUCAUAGGCAAGUUUCCUCUUGAUGAUAGUGAUAGCAACAUUUUUAAACAUUCAGAACUGUCUACAAGUAGUCAGGGUUUUCAUUCACAAAAACUUUCUAAUAAAAAUAUGUUGCUUUAAAAAUGUGGAGUAGUUGUGAUCACUUUGUUUUGUGAUAGUAUCCUAAUUGAACAAUACUACUACUUUAGCUUGGGCUCUAUGUGUCAGGGUUUGUCUCCAGGUGCUUAUACUGAUCUGGAAUUUGUAAAAAGCAAUGCGAACUUAGGCAUUAAGUUGAUAGUACAAGAUUAAAGCAAAAUACUCAUUUUAACCUUUUCAUUUUAAAAUUAAGCUGUGUACGUGAUUCAUGUGAGUGCUGAGCAUAGCUUAUCAGAAAAAUGUGAACUGAAUUGGUUGAUCAGUGGAUUAGCGACACCACACAAGAUUGUAGACAUAAAAAGUUUCUUACAAAAAAAAAUUGUAAACUAUUUCUCAAACUUGAAGUUUCCAAAAGCACAGGAUAGCAACUACCAUCACCUUUGAAAAUAAUAAUAGCUGAAUAAAUCGUAGAAAAUUGGUUACUGUGCAGAAUCCAUCGACAGAAAAUGUUCUCUAAGAUUUUUUGGUAGAAAAUAUUUUCCAAACAAUAUUGACUUUGAAAGUUGAGUUUACAUUUGGCCCUGCGGUCUUUAAUGACAUUAAAUUUAAAUUCUGUCCAUAUAUCUAUAAUUUUGUGAAUGCGUUUUGUUGGUGUUUGAAAAAGAAUCACGGGAAGGGGGGAUUCCAGGUGCCUUACUAUAAAGUUUGAAGCUUCAACCACCAAAGUUAAAUAGAGCUAUUGAAAACAUGCACUUUAUUUCUACUUUGUGUGGCUUGUCCAUUAGUUUUCUUCCCAGUGCAAAUUCCCACAGAAUUUAGGCAAAAAAAUAGAACAGACGUGUAUUUUUGUUUGCCGAAUAUAUAAUGGAUGAAACCAUUGCAUUCUUAUACACUGAUUUGAAAAUGGUGUAAAUACGCCCCGAUUUGUACUGAUUCUCUUUAAAUAUAAAAUGUAAAUAAAAUAUUCCAAUGAAA